GGGCUCUGAGCCAAUGAGAAUCGAGCUUGUUUAAAAGUCUAGCGAUUCAGACCAACUAUAAAACAGGGGGGAACUACUUUUAUUCGGCUUUUAUUUGAAUACAGUAGUUAUUUUUCUAACUAACUACGCACAGAUUUACCCUAAAGUUAAUAAAUAUACAGACUAAACACAUUUCUGGAGUGUAUAUUUGAUAAUUUUGUGUUUUAAACUGUUUUCACCCCUCCACCACAUGGUCCGCUCCGUGUCAGAGUUGAGUCUGUCAUGUCUCUUUGUUGUCGCUUUGAGCUGCGGAAAUAAAUGGAAGAUUAAACUCAUUUUAGUCGUAAAUCCGCUGCGUUUUCGCCCUCCACCUGCAGGAUCCAUCAAACACAGCAGUUCCACGCUCUGCAGGCUCAAUACUCCGGAUACCACCAGCACUACACCUACCCCCCAACAGAGGGCACUAUUGCCGGUGCUCAGAGCCCCAUGGAGCAGAUGCAGCCUCCUCCUCUUCCUCCACAGAACCAACAGAACCCACCACCUCAGGACCAGCAGGGACCAGCAGAGCUUGGCAAACCUCCACCGAAGAAGCGCGGCCGCCCGGCUCAGCCCAAAGAGCCCAAAGAGCCCAAACCUCCAAAAGCUCCCAAACCCCCAAAGGCUCCGAAGGCUCCGAAGGCUCCUAAAGAUCCAAAUGCUCCCAAAGCCAAACCAGGACCCAAACCCAAAAAGGCCAAGCCCACAGAGGAGGCCGGACAAGAGGGGAAUCCUGAGGAAGAGAGCCCCAAGAAGGUGAAAAGGAAAGUGGACCGCUUUAAAGGCAUGUCCGAAGAGGAGGUGAUGAAGAAGACUCUGCCCGACCUGCUCGAUUACAACCUGGACUAUGUUAUUAUCGGCAUAAACCCAGGGCUCAUGGCUGCUUACAUCGGGCGCUGGUUUCCUGGACCUGGAAAUCACUUCUGGAAGUGUCUGUUCCUGUCGGGCUUCACAGAGGAGCAGCUGAACCACAUGCACGACACAGUUCUGCCUCAGAAAUACAAGAUGGGCUUCACAAAUAUGGUGGCCAGAGCUACACCAGGCAGCAAAGACCUCAGCAGUAAAGAGUUGCGGGAAGGAGGCAAAAUCCUGGUGGAGAAACUGAAGAAGUUUAAGCCUCUGAUCGCUGUCUUCAACGGGAAAUGUAUCUACGAGAUGUUUUGUCGGGAACUUUUUGGGAAAAAACCCAAAACUCUGGAGUUUGGACUUCAGCCACACAAAAUCCCUGAGUGUGAUGUGGCGCUAUACCUGAUGCCAUCCUCCAGUGCGCGCUGUGCCCAGUUCCCCAGGGCACAGGAUAAGGUCCAUUUCUACAUAAAACUGCGUGAGCUCAGGGACAAACUGAAGGGGGAGCUGAAGAGCAGGGAUGUGGAGGAAGUGCAGUACUCGUUCAACCUGCAGCUCGCCAAAGAGGACGCUAAGCGAAUGGCUAUUAAAGAGGAGCAGUAUGAUCCUGGAUACGAGGAUGCAUAUGGAGGAGCCUACACUGAGAGGGGAGGAGAGGGAGGAGGAGAGGAGGGGAAGAGCAACGGACACUGUACCUUUAGCAACAAUAAUACAGAGCCAUCGUCUGCCUCAUCGUCUCAACCGCCUGCAGCUGUGCUGUCUCCAGAUGGACAGUGGAUGAACCAGACCUUCACUGACCAGAUCCCCCAUAUCAGUGCACCACCAGGGGGUACUGUGUGACCCCCCCACAUCAGUGCUCCAGCCAUAGACUGUAUAUAUAAAUGGACAUACCUAAUGCGCAGUGUUCCAAAUAGGAAGUGAGCAUUGGCAUGCGGUAAGGGGCAUUAUCUUCAAUAGCCUUGGUCUGGAUUGACUCAGAAAGCCAAAUAUGGGUCUUGGCUUCAACACAACUAGCCCUAUAACAGCCAGCCUCGAUGAGCUUCAUUUUCCUGGAACCAAACACUUUGGGUGACAUCAUAUUCACUUAGUCCACUUCAUUAUACGGUCUAUGGCUCCAGCAGGGGGUGCUGUGUGACCUGCUGGGAGGCUAAUGUGAGGCCAUCGCUCACCACCCGAGAGUGCUGCAUCAGGACUAAACCUCAGACGCAGGGACAGACCUGGCUCACACUGGACACUGUUACAGACGGCAUUUUAUUUUUCAUCAUUAUCAUUAUGCUAACUGAUAAAGUCCACAGUGGCUUUAUUGCAUAUUUUAUAAUACUAUGAUAUAGUAAGCAAGUGUAGGUGAUACUGACAAAUGAAAUCUUCAGAAAACAAUCAUCUAACUCUGCUAAAAUGUGCCUGUAAAUGUCCUGAUAAAAAUGUAGAUAAAAGUAUUAAUAUCUACCAUCUAACUAUUAUUAUUAACUCUCCAGGAAGAAUAGCUGAUAGCUAAUGGAGGUCUAAUUGCUAAUGGAGGUAAAUUAAAUACAUCAAAUUGCCAAAUUUUGUCAAACAACUAUUGAUCCACAGACUAAAUUACUUGGACCCAGUAGCUCACGCAUGAAUCUAAGAACAAAGAGCUACUUAAAUAUAUAAAUAUAUUGUAGACAAGAUAUAGUUUACCUCUGACCACAAGAUCUAGUUUGUUUUGCCUUCAAACAUAAAGUCUAUAUCAGGACUAAUCUAAACCUUUACUUUUGCCUAAACACUCAUUUUAAUCCUGUUACUCAGAACUGAACACCAUUUAAACCUUUAACCACUGAAAUCAUGGUUUGACCUUAUACCUCCACAGCCCUGUCCUCAGUGUGAACCAGGCCAUAGUUUCUUUUAUUGUUUUUAGCUAAAUAAUGAAUUGUAGUUUUAGUGAAUGCAGAUGACGUUUCUGCUUAUUUUUUAUUUUAAACUGUGUAUUCUUCACAGUGAAACAUUUUAUUGUGAAUCUACUGCACAGACAGUAGAGAUGGUGCUACAAACUCAAGGUUUAUGUCUGUUUUUAAUAAAUAAUAAUGUAGGAAACUGUUAGAAUCAUGUUUAAAUGUGUUUAAAGUUUAUGAACAAUGUCACAUUAAAAUGCUUUUCUACAA